AUGAACGGCCACCCUCCUGCCGUGGGCGACAAGCCCGCUGACGGGAGCUACGAGCACGGCGUCCAGGUCAUCGACGAGGACAAGGAAUUCAAUGAGAAUCUCAACGACUACCUGCAGACCACAGACGUCGCCGACUCGGGCUUCAACUACCACCUGAUUUCCGUCUUCGGGUCCCAGUCCACCGGCAAGUCGACGCUCCUGAACAAUCUCUUUGGCACCGAAUUCUCCGUCAUGUCCGAGACGGAGCGCCGCCAGACAACCAAGGGCAUUUGGCUGUCCAAGAACAGGCGCGGCGAGAGUGGCGGCGCGAGGAUGGCCGACAACAUUCUCGUCAUGGACGUCGAGGGGACCGACGGUCGCGAGCGCGGCGAGGACCAGGACUUCGAGAGAAAGAGCGCGCUCUUCGCCCUGGCCACGAGCGAGGUCCUGAUUGUCAACAUCUGGGAGCACCAGGUGGGCUUGUAUCAGGGGGCAAACAUGGGCUUGCUCAAGACCGUUUUCGAGGUCAACCUGCAGCUCUUUCUCAAGGAUAAGCAGUCAACGCCGCGAUCGCUGCUCUUCUUCGUCAUUCGAGACCACCUCGGCACGACCCCGCUGGCCAACCUGCGCACGACGCUGACCCAGGAUCUCGGCAAGAUUUGGUCCGCAAUCUCCAAGCCGCAGGGCCUCGAAGACUCUCGGAUCCAGGACUACUUCGACUUUGGCUUCGCCGCGCUGCCCCACAAGAUCCUCCAGCCCGACAAGUUUGCCAGCGAGGUCGGCAAGCUCGGCUCGAGGUUCACGGCCGGCCACCGGGGCAGCAAGGGCCGCGACCACGAACUCGAGGGCGGCGUUUUUCUCUCCGAGUACCACCGCCGGAUCCCCGCCGACGGCUUCUCCGUGUACGCCGAGGGCAUCUGGGAUCAGAUUGUCAACAACAAGGAUCUCGACCUGCCCACCCAGCAGGAGCUGCUGGCGCAGUUUCGAUGCGACGAAAUCUCCCGCCAAGUCUUGGUGGCGUUUGACCUCGCCGUGGCCCCCCUCGAGGAGCAGCAGGGCGACGCGACCAAGCUCGGGAAGGUCCUGGUCCUGCCGAACCUUGGCCGCGUCGGCAGCGACGCCCGAGAGACGCUGCUGGGCGCCUUCGAGACGCAGGCCAGCCGGUACCACAAGGGCGUGUACGCGCGCAAGCGGCAGGAGCUGGAGGCCAAGGUCGACGCGAGGCUCAAGGCGCUGUACGCGGCCCAGCUGGCGGCGGCGCACAAGGCCGGCGUGGGCGCCUUCAGCGACGCCGUGUCCAGCAAGGUCAAGGCCGGGCAACGGGCGGGCGGCGGCUACGAGUUUGCCGAGAUCGUCGCCGGCGAGAAGAAGAGGACGCUCGACAUUUUCAGGGCCGAGGCGCAGGGGCUCGCCAUCGAGGGCUUGCCGUGGACCGACUUCAAGCCCCAGUACCAGCUGUUCGAGGCCGAGCUCGACGAGGUCAGCGCGAGGCUGCGCAAGGAGGAGAUGCGGCGGCUCGCGACGAGGGUGGAGCGCUGGGUCAAGUCUCGCCUCGGCGAGGCAAUUGGGCUCGAAUUCAACAAGCUUGGCUCGGGGCGCGGCGGCACCGGUGCACCCGAGACUGGCGACAAGCCCUGCGAGAAGGACCUGUGGGACCGCGUCUGGAGCGUCUUCACCGGCAUCGUCAGGGAGGCCGAGGGUCGUUUUGCCGACCGCGCCAGGAGCUUCGACGCCAACGACGACGAGGCCGAGGUCGGCAUGUGGCGCCUGCGUCGCAAGAGCUGGGUAGGCCUCCGGGAGAGGAUCGAGGAGGAGGUCAUGGAGGGCAACAUCCUCCUCAAGCUGCGCGAGAACUUUGAGGACAAGUUCCGAUACGACGAGGCGGGCGUGCCCCGGAUCUGGCGGCCGACGGACGACAUCGAGGGCAUCUACACCAAGGCGCGGGAGUCGACGCUGACGCUCAUCCCGCUCCUGUCCAGGUUCCGCCUCUCGACGACAUACGCGCCGCCGGAUCUGGUGGGCUUCAUCGGCGGCCAGCCCGCGAGCGCCGAGGUCGGCGACGAGGAGGACCUGAGCCCCAUUGGCGGCGUCGACGAGGAAGAGGGCAAGAGCCUCGAGGAGGAGAUGACGGUGCUGAGCGAGAGCAAACGCCAGGACCUGGUCGUGCGGUUCAAGAAGACGGCAGACGGCGUCUACGUCGAGGCCAAGCGCAGUGCAAUCGGGGGCGUGGCCCAGAUCCCGUGGCCCUUUUACGCACUACUGCUGGCGCUGGGGUGGAACGAAAUCUUCAUGGUGUUGCGCAACCCCUUCCUCUUCAUCUUCCUCCUCAUGCUCGCGGGCGGCACGUACGUGGCGUACACGCUCAACCUCCUGGGCCCCAUGAUGCAGAUGAGCAACGCAGCCGUCAACCAGGGCGUCGAAAUUGCCAAGCAGCAGCUGCGCGACUUUAUCGCAAACUCGGAGACGGCACGGUCGGCCUUGAACGUCCCCUCUGCUGCGCCUGCGUACAGCGAGCGCGAGAGCAUCAGCAUGGAUACUCUGGACGGGCAGGGCAGAAAGUCAUCUCCGUCAGAGGACGCCGACGACAUUUGA